AUGGUGCUGUCGGUGCCAGUGAUCGCGCUGGGCGCCACGCUGGGCACGGCCACCAGCAUCCUCGCGCUGUGCGGGGUCACCUGCCUGUGCCGGCACAUGCAUCCCAAGAAGGGGGUGCUGAAGCGGGACCGGGACCCUGAUCCGGAGAAGGCGAGACCCGGCGUGCUCCGGUCCGCCCAACAGGUGAGCGGGGGCGGCGCCUCGGCCUCCCGGGGGCGCGGUGGGGUCUCGGCGGCGGCUGCAGCGGCGGGGGAGCCGGAUGGGGGGGAGCGGUCGCCGUGCUUUGCGCCACCGAGCGUGGCGGGGAGAAGGGCGGAGAACGUGCUCGAGGACCCGCCGAGGGGCCCCCCUCCUUCACCCUCUUUUCUGUCUCAGGAGCCCUCUGCGGGAACUGGAGAGGUCCUUCUGUCCAUCAGCUACCUCCCGGCUGCCAACCGCCUCCUGGUCGUGCUCAUUAAGGCCAAGAACCUCCAUUCUAACCAGUCCAAGGCACUCCUGGGGAAGGAUGUCUCUGUCAAGGUGACCUUAAAGCACCAGACGCAGAAGCUGAAGAAGAAGCAGACAAAACGGGCCAAGCAUAAGAUCAACCCCGUAUGGAACGAGAUGAUCAUGUUCGAGCUGCCCGAUGAGCUGCUGCAGGCCUCCAGCGUGGAGCUGGAGGUGCUGGGCCAGGAUGAGGAGGGGCAGAGCUGUGCGCUUGGCCACUGCAGCCUGGGCCUGCACGCCUCGGGCUCCGAGCGCAGCCACUGGGAAGAGAUGCUCAAGAACCCUCGCCGGCAGAUCGCCAUGUGGCACCAACUGCACCUGUAAGCAGCCGCCCGUGCUCCUCCCCUUUCAGGCCCCGCCCCGCCCCUCCAGCCCCGCUGUCCUCGGCGACGUCCUCUUUGUGCCCCAUCCUCAUUCUGACACCCAGGAGACAGAUGUGUUUGCAAAGGCCAGGACCCCUUCCCUCUCCUAGUGCACUCUUAUUUCCAAAACAUGAGUAGGGCAGGGCAGUGUGUGGAAACAGGACAUUUGGGUCGCGCCGAGGAAUGCAUUGUGCUCCUCCGUGCUAUUGAAGAGACACUUGUCAAAUACAGCCCAUGUGCAGGUUCGGCAGGUGGGGUCAGGCCCGGCGCAGAGAACGCUCAAUGUGGGGAAGAAUGUGUGCAGAGAAUGCGGCUCUUUAAAAAUAAGCAUUUCAAAAAUGGUGGCGGAAAUAAAGUAUCCUAGAUCAACUCAUAGAGUUAGGGAUUGGGAUGGGUGGGAUGACAUCUUAGCCAGCAUCACAUCGUGCCCCUGGCCCAUGGCAGUCACCCAUCGGUUCUCGAACCCUAGUGUGUGAAGAAUCACCAGCAGAUUCCCCGGGCCCACCUGUUGACAUUCCUGGCCACGACCCAGGCACCUGCAUUUCUACCAAGCACUGUGUGGUUUUGAUGCAGAGAUUGGAGCACCGCACUGGGAGAAAUGCCUUCUACAGCAUUCCAGACAGGUUUUCCCAGUCCUUGUCGGGACUCCCGAUACCCUGGGGCAGCCAGCUCCGAGGCUGGACAUCUCAGUUGUCAGUGUGAAAUUUGGGAGGCCUCUCUGGGUCUUUUUUUUUUUUUUUUUUAAUUUAUUUAAUUACUUUAAUUCUUAAUGUUUUCAUUUGUGCUCUUCAGAUCCUGUUCUUGGACUGAAUUUUGUGCUUUUUAUUGAAGAACUCUGUUGUUUUCUCUCAAAAUCAGUUUAUGUUAUCCUCGGGGGGAUCUUCCUUAACAAAGUGUAGGUGGGAUUCCCCUGUUUGUCACGAGGCGCUUGUUGUCACACCCACCAGCAUCACCAAAGUGACUCUCUGAGACAGAUCCAUCUUUCUCAGCGUUCCAGCCAUUGCAGGAGGAAUUCAGUGGGAGGCGCAUAGCGAUUUAGUCUAUUACAUCUGGCUGCGUCGAAGUGGCCGAGGAAGGGAACUUGAAAUAGGAAAGAGUCUUGUGUGAAUGUGUCUCCCUUCCUCAAUUUUCAAGGCCUACCACCUUCAUCAGUAAGUAACCAGCAGCUAGGCUUCAAAUUCCUACCUUCUUAUUCCAAACAGCUGUCCGCAUGGUCAAUUAGAUGCUGAGUCUUGCUGCGUGGGUAUAAUAUUUGCCCAGGAACCAGGAUUCCCGGGUUCUGUUAUUGGCCAUCCGUAAAAUGGGGUCAAUGAAAUGGCAGCUCUGUCUCUGUGAAUGAUGUGGUAGAUGAAAUAGUGCUCAAAAACCGUAGGCACUCUCUGGCUAAAAACAAACCGCAGCCACCUGCAGGUCAUCUUUAAGCAUCAAGAUGGCAGCUGACGGUGACUGGAAGGGGCCAGAACCAUCCCAGGCACUUCCGGAACCAUGGAUUCUGCAUUUGGGCUCCUCGCUACUGACACCCAAACUCUGGACCCUCAACUGUCACCCAGUCCUGUGAUCUACAAGGGGACCCCUAGGUGAGGUGGGUGAGGGCCAUGCUUCAUGCCUGCAACAUGGCAGGCCGUUCUUGGCCUCUCCCUGAGAAUCAGAGCAGGGGCCUCAUCACCUUUAGUCAUGACUUUCCAUUUUUGUGCAGAAGUAGAAAAGCAUCCGAAGAAAGAGAAAAAAUAUCGGAUCCCUGUUUAAUUGGGAAGUCUUUUAGAUAAUUGAAGAUCUUGCUCAUUAAGGCCGCACCUCCUGCCAAGUUUGUUUGUUUUUUUUUUUUUUAGGCAAAUCAUUUGUUAGUGAUUUCCUAUAACAUGUUGCUGAGGCUCCCCUCACGCUCUAGCCUCCUGGUUUUGGUUGGCAUGGCCACAAGAACACAAAACAUUUCCAAUGUGGGCUGACCGGUACUCUCCUCUCGGUAACAUCGGCUACUCCAAUGUAGAAAAGUCUGGAUUCUAGACUUAACAUCAGGAAACGCAGGUUCUACUUCCUUAUAAACCUAUGCACCUGCCUCACAGUUAUACCGAAGGAUGUUUGAGGUAGGCUGGGGGGCCUCUGAUGUCAGAAAUAGCAGCCCUGCCUAUGGUCAUUCCAUCACGAGGCAUCCAUUUCUUUGUAUCUCAAGGGUUUCGUUUUCCAGAAUCCAAGCUCAAGAUUGUCCCUGAUAGGAGUCAGAUGCCACCACAGAACAUCUCAGUGUUGAGCGCCAUUUCACUUAGCACACCUGCCCAGGAAUGAAGGAGGUCUUGCAUGGGAUUUUGUCCGUUGUGUUCACUGGUAUGUUCCAAGAACCUAGAAUAAAGCUAGCUCGCGGGCCCUCAAUAAAUAUCUGUUGAAUGAAUUAAUGAGUGAAGGAUAGAUAGGGGACUGGAUGGAAAAAGAGACCAUAAGUGGCAUAAAAAUCACGCUGCCCUGACUUCUCAAUGGUAAAAGCAUCAGCCGUCUCAGCAGUCGGCCUAAACGGUCACAGGUGAGUACUCCCAUCACCUAAUGACCACUCAUAUGUCUCCAUAUAAAUGUGACAAACGAUAAAAGAGAAUAUAAUUGCUAUGGUUUUCCACCAAAACUCCGUCCUGGUGAAUUUUAAAUUGCCCAGAGACCUCAGACCGCCAAAUCAACAAACUUCAGUGAUUUUCCCAUCUGGGUAUCUUGUACCAGACACAUGUGCGAUUUACAACCAACUUAGAGUGAUUGAGUCUGUGUGAAAUCAACUGAUCGUUUUUGAAAGGCACCCCUUGUACUUGGCCAGGGAGCAUUUUCUAAGAAGGGCAUGGAGCAAGGUGAAAAGGAGAACCCCAUCGUAGACCCGGCUGGGGACCCCAAGGUGACCUGGUUCUUUCCUAGAUACGGUGACGGGGAUAGAGAACUGGGAGUCCACCCUCAUUAAUCUGUGACUCUACUUCUCACAUCAAAUCAGAGUGUGUCUGCCGAGUGCCCAUCAGUCAAGACCUUGCACGUGUCUGUCCAUUUCACUUUGAGAUAUGAUCCUUGGCGUGGGUUGAGUGACCCAUCACUCCAAAUGACGCUAUGUAGAGAGGGUAAGAUGAAAGAGAGACUCUCCAGGGGCAGUUCCUUUGGGAUGUAAAGGAGUCUUGAGGGGAGGUAGCUGCAGCCUGAGCCAAAUCGAGGCGAGGACCCCCCAAAGAGAUACCUAGUCCUUGUGAUUUAUUUCUGCCUCCUGUGUUUCCUGUUGUCAGUGCUAAGUGUGUAUUUGUUUUGCAAUCAUGAACCGAAGCACAAAAAGACGCAUGAGACAUUGUAGUCAUAUGUCUGGUGUCACACUUGGGAGCAAAAACCUUUCCGUGGUAAAUAAAUCAUUUCCAACUGG